UCUAGAUAUUUUUCCCAAUCGUUGCCGUGCCGGUCACGUGAUCGAGUUCUUCCGCCUUUACUUCCGCUCCAACAUGGCGCCUCCCACACCGCACUUAGCAGUUCGAGGUUCAGAUGGCACAGUUCUCCUGCGUGGACCGCCAACCUGUGAGGAAAGCCCGACUUUCCAAAGAGAUGAACGCCAGAGCAAACAUGUAACCUUCAGCAGGGAUGGCAGUUUGUUUGGCUGGUGCAAUGGGGAGAAGGUCAGCGUGAUUAAAGUUGCCAGUGGAGAUUUGGUGAAGGCUUUCGAUCUACCAAAAACCACCCUGCUGGCAUUUUCCCCUCUCUGCAAAGUGCUGGUUACAUGGAAACAGUACACCAAAUCACAAGAUAAUCCUCAGGGUGAGGCAAACCUUCAGCUGUGGGAUCUGCAAUCAGGCAACUGUGUCAAAGCCUUUUACCAGAAAAAAGUAGAGGGAUGGUGUCCAAGUUGGGCGGAUGAUGAAAGCAUCGCUGUGAGAUGUGUGAACAACGAGCUUCAUUUCUUUGAGAAUAAUAACUUCGAAACCAUUGCAAACAAACUUCAUCUCCAGAAGGUAUCAGACUUUGCUCUGUCGCCAGGAUCCCAACCAAGCAAGGUUGCCGUCUAUGUUCCCGGAAGCAAGGGCGCCCCCUCUUUUGUCCGGCUUUAUCAGUACCCUAAUUUCAGUGGUCCUAGUUCAGCUCUGGCCAACAAAAGCUUUUUCAAGGCCGAUAAAGUGACUAUGCUGUGGAAUAAAAGAGCCAGUGCGGUCCUAGUUACAGCGAGCACAGAAGUGGAUAAAACUGGCGCAUCGUACUACGGAGAGCAGACCCUACACUAUCUGGCAACAAACGGAGACAGUGCCGUGGUCCAGCUCCCAAAGAACGGCCCUAUUUAUGACGUGACCUGGAGCCCCAACUCUUCAGAAUUCUGCGUGGUUUAUGGCUUCAUGCCUGCCAAAGCCACAGUCUUUAACCUGAAGUGCGAGCCCAUUUUCGACUUCGGCACAGGUCCGCGCAACGCUGCUUUUUACAGCCCUCAGGGCCAUGUCCUGGUCCUGGCAGGCUUCGGAAACCUGAGGGGUCAGAUGGAGGUGUGGGACGUGAAGAAGUACAAGCAAGUGUCCAAACCGCAGGCUGCAGACACCACAUUCUUCUCCUGGUGUCCUGACGGAGAGCACAUUGUUACAGCAACCUGCUCGCCCAGGCUCAGGGUCAGCAACGGCUAUAAGAUCUGGCAUUACACCGGCACGGUUCUGUACAAGCAGGAAACGCCGGCAGGGAAAGAGCUCUGGGAGGUGGUCUGGCAACCGUUUUUACCCGGGACAUUCCCAGAGAAGGCGGUGAAGUACCAGGCAGCUGCAAGUGAUCUCGGGAGCACCGAAGCCAAGCCUGCGCAGGCUUACCGGCCUCCUGCCCUGCGCAACAAACCAGAGAGCAGCAGCAGCAGCCUCAAACUGCAUGAAGAGGAACUACCUCAGAACAUGAAGCCUGGUGCUGGAGACAAGCAGAUGUCCAAGGCAGCUCUGAAAAACCAGCGAAGACGGGAGGCAAAGAAAGCAGCUAAGCAGGAAAAUAAAUCUGAUGAAGUUCAGACUCCACCGUCAGAGCUUCCACCAGCCACCAAACAGAAUCCUGUAACGUCCACACACGGAGACCCUGAAACUGAAAAAAAGAUUAAGAAUUUAAGAAAGAAACUCAAGGCUAUUGAGGAGUUAAAGGAGCAACAAGCAGCUGGCAAACAAAUGCAGAAAAACCAGCUGGAGAAGAUUCAGAAGGAGGCGCAGCUGCUUAAGGAGAUCGAGGACCUUGAAUUAGGGGUGUAGUUAAUUUUCCAAGCCGUUCAAAGCACUAGUGUUCUAUAGCUUAAUGCGUAUAAGGAGAUGAACCAGAGCACAUGCAGGACUCAAUCCCAGAUAAACAUAAAUGUUCAAGAACAAACAGUGUGUUGCAAUUUAUAUACAAGAAGAUCCAUGAAACAUUGCCUGGUCCUCUAAAGGCAUUAUUGCUAUGCAAUGUUCUGUACGGUUUAUAAGGGAGAUUUUGCUAUUUUACAUGUUUGACAUCUUCAAAAAAAAGCAGUCUGAUAUCAUUACUGCAAUGCAAACACAACAGUUUAAAUGAAAAUCAGAAAUUAGAUUUAUAAGGAAUGUCAUGAGCGUUACUAUUAACUUCAUUUUUUUUUUUGUAUUUUCUUCAUGCUGCCAGUUUAUGUUGUGUAAUUUCUAUCAGCGGAUAAAUAAAGAGCAGUCAAAUACA